GAAUUUGGCAUGGUACGGUUUGCCGAUUGCCGGCUGUUGCUUACUGUGUCAAUUUCUAACGAAAAGUUAAUUUACUUUUAAUUAAAAAUGUAUUAGAGAGCACACUAUAUAAAGAAGUUAUAUUUUUAUAGCUAUUGACACCAGUUAUUUAGUUUACUUAACUCAAACAAGGAUAGUCGUGGCAAUAAAAAAUGUGUCAGCUAAUAUUUUAUAUCGUUGUUUCAAUUUUUUCUGUGUUAAAGACUGCUACCGGUUUAGGUGAAAUAAUAUAUGCUAUUAACGCUGGUGGACCAGCUCAUACUGAUAUUUAUGGAAUCCAUUACGAGAAAGAUCCAUUACAAGGAAGAAUCGGCACCGCAUCGGAUUAUGGUAAACAACUGGUCAUGAUUGGUAGAGUGAAUCCAAAAGAUGAAAUAUUGUAUCAAACUGAAAGAUACCACCACAGCACUUUUGGCUACGACAUACCGGCGAACCGAGACGGCGAUUACGUGUUGGUUUUGAAGUUUAGUGAAGUGUACUUUAAUGCACCUAACAUGAAAGUAUUUGACGUUGUUUUGAACGGCGAUCAUACAAUAGUAGCUGACUUAGACAUUUUUGAUAAAGUAGGCCGUGGUGUGGCGCAUGAUGAGUAUAUCCCCUAUGCAAUCAAAAAUGGUAAACUAUAUUAUAAUGAAGAAGAGUCUGAUAUAAGAGGAGGUAAAAUUAAGGUAGAGUUCAUUAAAGGUUACAGAGACAAUCCAAAAAUCAAUGCAUUGUAUGUUAUGAGAGGCACAAUUGAUGAAGUGCCUAAACUGCCACCUUUAGUGUGGCCAGACAACGAAGCUGAGGAGCCUAGGGAUGAGGUGGAAGAAAAGAGUGCAACUCCCCGGCGCGCCAGCGGGCCCAAGCAGCCGGACCCAUACUCCAUGGAUGAGAGCUCCGUCUUAAUCCCAGUUUUUAUUACCAUGGGUGCUUUUAUUCCACUUUUGUUUUGCCUAUGUAAACUAUAAUCUCUGCGUGAUUAAACUUCCUACAUAAUUUUCGUGUGAUUGUAUGCUGUUUAGUAUAUUUCUAUUUAUUGUGGUUAAUGAUAUAUUUUAUUUUAAAAAUCAUAUUGUCAUUAUUUCAAAGCACUUGAUAUCAAAGCUCAAUGGUGAUAGUACAAAACCAAUAAAUGUGAAAUAACUAGUGCCCGUCCCAUGUUAAAAUAUUAAUUAAAUUCUACACUAUGCGCACACAUGUGCAGAGCAGAUGCACUUUAUGUAAAUAAAAACUUGAGUUAAU